AUGGACAUUAAUGUCUUGGCUUUCUUGGUUCCAGCUGGCAUUACUGCAUGUUUUUUGCCGCUAUCUGAUGCAAGCUCUUUUGUGAUCUUGUACAUAGUAACAUCAGUAUAUUUUUCUGGUGUCAUGGUACGGCUAAUGCUUGUACUUGCUCCAGCGGCAUGCAUAUUGUCUGGUAUUGCUCUUUCUGAAGCUUUUGAUGUUUUUACGGGAUCAAUCAAAUUUCAGUUACCUGGCAUAUCUCGAAACUCCCAGAUUGAUGUGAGGGAUACUUCUUCUGCUGGUGUUGUCACCCAAGAUGAUGGUGUGAAGACUGAUAAAAAUGAAGAAUCAUUAAAGGAACGACCUUCCAAAAAGAACAAGAAGAAGGAAAGGGAAAAUGCAGAAAAGGCUUUGAUUAAGCCCCCGCUUGAGAAGAGGCUUCUGGUUUUACCUCUGGAGGCAUCCGUCAUUUCUCUACUUUUACUUGUGUUGCUGGGUGCUUUUUAUGUGGUACAUUGUGUCUGGGCGGCAGCAGAAGCAUAUUCUGCCCCUUCUAUUGUGCUAACAUCUCAUACAAACAAUGGUCUUCAUGUUUUCGAUGAUUUUAGAGAGGCCUAUGCAUGGUUGAGCCACAAUACUGAAGUGGAUGAUAAAGUGGCAUCCUGGUGGGACUAUGGUUACCAAACAACUGCUAUGGCUAACCGCACUGUCAUUGUUGACAAUAAUACCUGGAACAACACACACAUUGCAACUGUUGGUACCGCCAUGUCAUCUCCUGAAAAGGCAGCUUGGGAAAUUUUUCACUCUUUGGACGUAAAAUAUGUUCUUGUUGUCUUUGGAGGUCUUGUUGGCUAUCCUAGUGAUGAUAUUAACAAGUUCCUAUGGAUGGUUCGGAUAGGAGGGGGUGUAUUCCCUCACAUCAAGGAACCUGAUUAUCUUAGAGAUGGCCAGUACCGGAUUGAUUCUCAGGCAACUCCAACCAUGCUAAACUGCCUCAUGUACAAACUAUGUUACUACAGAUUUGUGGAGACAGAUGGUCAAGGCUUUGAUAGAGUCAGGAAAACUGAAAUUGGAAAGAAACAUUUUAAACUAACCCAUUUUGAGGAGGUGUUUACAACUCACCAUUGGAUGGUCCGGCUAUACAAACUAAAACCUCCAAAGAACAGGAUCCGGGGAAAGACCAAGAAAUCGAAGACGAAAGCUAGCUCGACUACCGGCUCAAAAGGAAGUGGCAAGAGAAACCCUUGGCAGUAA